GGAAUUCCUCUGAAGAAUUUGCUGGAAUUGGAUACGUGUGAAUUUUCUGCAUGAAGACUCUCAAACUGGAUUACGUAAUAAUAUGCCUGUAUCCUCUGACUCUAUUAUUUUGAUUCUUAAAAAUGAUUAGGGUUGUAUAUGAAAUUUAACCCAUUUCUGAUGAGUGACCUAGACAUGAGUUUACAUCGGCAAAUGGGCUCUGAUCGGGACCUCCAGUCUUCUGCUUCGUCUGUGAGCUUGCCGUCAGUUAAAAAGGCACCAAAGAAAAGAAGAAUUUCAUUGGGCUCUCUUUUUCGGAGGAAAAAAGACACAAAGCGCAAGUCUAGGGAUUUAAAUGGAGGUGUUGAUGGAAUUGCAAGUAUUGAAAGUAUUCAUUCAGAAAUGUGUACAGACAAAAACUCUAUUUUCUCCACAUGUACCUCUUCUGAUAACGGAACAACCUCUAGCAGCAAACCAAGUGGAGACUUCAUGGAAUGCCCCUUGUGCCUUUUGCGGCACUCCAAGGACAGGUUCCCGGAGAUAAUGACUUGUCACCAUAGAUCUUGUGUGGAUUGCUUGCGUCAGUAUCUCCGGAUAGAAAUCUCUGAGAGCAGAGUUAAUAUUAGCUGUCCAGAAUGCUCAGAACGAUUUAAUCCUCAUGAUAUUCGUUUGAUAUUAAAUGACGACAUCUUGAUGGAAAAAUACGAAGAGUUUAUGCUUAGGCGAUGGCUGGUUGCGGAUCCUGAUUGUAGGUGGUGCCCAGCUCCAGAUUGUGGAUAUGCUGUGAUUGCUUUUGGAUGUGCCAGCUGUCCCAAACUUACGUGUGGACGAGAAGGCUGCGGAACUGAGUUUUGCUACCACUGUAAGCAGAUUUGGCAUCCAAACCAGACCUGCGAUGCUGCUCGCCAGGAGAGAGCUCAAAGUCUGCGCCUGAGAACAAUUCGUUCUUCAUCCAUUAGUUACAGCCAGGAAUCUGGAGCAGCAGCUGAUGACAUAAAGCCAUGCCCACGCUGUGCUGCUUAUAUAAUAAAAAUGAAUGAUGGAAGCUGCAAUCAUAUGACUUGUGCUGUCUGUGGCUGUGAAUUCUGUUGGCUGUGUAUGAAAGAGAUCUCAGAUUUACAUUAUUUAAGCCCAUCAGGUUGCACAUUUUGGGGAAAGAAACCAUGGAGCCGUAAGAAGAAAAUACUGUGGCAACUAGGGACACUUGUUGGAGCUCCUGUAGGAAUUGCCUUAAUAGCUGGCAUUGCUAUUCCUGCUAUGAUUAUUGGAAUUCCUGUGUAUGUGGGACGUAAGAUUCACAAUCGGUAUGAAGGCAAAGAUAUUUCAAAGCACAAGCGAAACUUGGCUAUAGCAGGUGGUGUAACCUUAUCUGUAAUUGUUUCUCCGGUUGUAGCUGCCGUAACUGUAGGUAUUGGUGUUCCUAUUAUGCUGGCUUACGUGUAUGGAGUUGUUCCAAUUUCCCUCUGCCGAAGUGGAGGCUGUGGUGUGUCAGCAGGCAAUGGAAAAGGUGUCAGGAUAGAAUUUGAUGAUGAAAAUGAUAUAAAUGUUGGUGGAACAAAUGCAGCUGUAGAUACCACUUCAGUAGCAGAGGCACGUCAUAACCCUAGCAUAGGCGAAGGAAGCGUUGGAGGACUGACGGGCAGCUUGAGUGCAAGUGGUAGCCACAUGGAUAGAAUAGGAGCCAUUCGAGACAACCUAAGUGAAACCGCUAGUACCAUGGCCCUGGCUGGGGCCAGUAUAACAGGGAGUCUCUCAGGAAGUGCAAUGGUUAACUGCUUUAACAGACUGGAAGUACAAGCAGAUGUGCAGAAAGAACGAUACAGUCUGAGUGGAGAAUCUGGCACAGUUAGCUUGGGAACAGUUAGUGAUAAUGCCAGUACCAAAGCAAUGGCAGGAUCUAUUCUGAACUCCUACAUCCCUUUGGACAGGGAAGGCAACAGUAUGGAAGUGCAAGUGGAUAUUGAAUCAAAGCCAGCCAAAUUCAGACACAACAGCGGAAGCAGUAGUGUUGAUGAUGGCAGUGCUGCAGGUCGUAGUAAUGCCGGUUGUUCAUCGGCCUGCUUGCCAGAAAGUAAAUCUAGUGCCACCAAGUGGUCCAAAGAAACAACAGCAGGAAAAAAAUGUAAAGGUAAGCUGAGAAAGAAGAGUAGCAUGAAGAUAAAUGAGACAAGAGAGGACAUGGAUGCUCAGCUGUUGGAACAACAAAGCACAAACUCCAGUGAAUUUGACUCUCCCUCUCUUAGCGACAGUAUUCCAUCUGUAGCAGAUUCUCACUCGAGUCAUUUUUCUGAGUUUAGUUGCUCAGAUAUGGAAAGUAUGAAAACUUCCUGUAGCCAUGGUUCCAGCGACUAUCAUACUCGCUUUACCACAGUUAGUGUUCUCCCAGAGGUGGAAAAUGAUCGCUUGGAAAACUCUCCACAGCCGAGUGGAAUCCCGGCACCUGUUCCAACAGCCCCAAGCACUGAUGUUCCACAGCUGAGUUACAUUGCUGAGGAAAGCAUUAAUAAUGGAUCUUCGAAAGAUGUAGAUUUAGGUGUUGGUGAAACACUGAAAGAAACAAACAACAACCAUUCACAACAUGCUGUGGAAUUAAGCACUGCUAUUCAGACUGAAAUUUAAGCCUCUUAAGUGCUGCAAAAAUAUAUUUACCACUAAAGAACCCUGUCUGAAAGCUGGUUGAAUUACAUGCGACUUCUGUAAGUUUCAGGUGACCAGCAGAAGCAAGGUUUUGAUACAAUUGCAUUUUAUAUAUACUUGUCUGAUAAGGCAAAAUACUUCAUAUGGAUCUUAGACCUGUGUCAAGAGACAUGAAGGCUUUAACCAAGUGCAUUACAGCAGUACAAAUACGUCCAUGUUUUGUAUUUUUGCCACAACUUUGCUUGAAAGCAUAUACUUGGUGUAUUUAGAUAAAAACUGGUAAAUUCUUAAUAUGUUAAAUGCUGAAAUGAAUAAUAUGUCCUGCACUGUUCACUUGGAAAAUAUGGGGUUUGGGAUAAAUGGGUGUUAGCUGAGCGUUAGUGACUUACAGCCAUUCUUGUGUGAACUCUAUUUAAGGGAAGCAAAAGUUUUGCAGAGACCUAUACAAACCUAUUUCAACGGUGAAUACUCAUAAUAAUAAUUUUGUUUCAUAACUGGACACACUGUAUU